AACUGGGGACUUCACUCUGACCACCAUGAUAGGAACUCCAAUAAGCAAAAGCCAAUUGAUACGUGCAUAUCACAAAACUACUCUUAAACACACACACACCCCAAAAAAAUCCUCUAUCACCAAACUCACCUAUUUCCUCAACUCAAGGCCCUAUAGUCCCAGCAAGUGAGUGAGCGUCACACAACAUGGAAUAUACUUAUUCAGCAGGUGUAGAGGCAGAAACUCACACAAGUAGCAGCACCACCCCAUCAAGAUCAAAGAAGAGAAACAACAACACAAGAAGGUUCAGUGAUGAACAAAUCAAAUCAUUGGAGACCAUGUUUGAAUCAGAGUCAAGGCUUGAGCCUAGAAAGAAGUUGCAGCUGGCCAGAGAGCUUGGAUUGCAGCCAAGGCAAGUUGCUAUAUGGUUUCAGAACAAGAGGGCUAGGUGGAAGUCAAAGCAACUUGAGAGAGACUAUGGCAUACUCCAAUCCAAUUACAACAGUUUGGCUUCCCGUUUUGAAGCUCUUAAGAAGGAAAAUCAAACAUUACUAAUUCAGCUGCAGAAGCUGAAUCAUCUAAUGCAGAAGCCAAUGGAGCCAGGUCAGAGAUGCACACAAGUUGAAGCAGCAAACAGCAUGGACAGUGAAUCAGAAAAUGGAGGCACCAUGAAAUGUGAAGCUGAGGGAAAGCCAAGCCCAUCAAUGGAAAUAUCAGAACAUUUACUUGGUGUUCUGUCUGAUGAUGACACAAGCAUAAAGGUGGAAGACUUUGGCCUAGAAGAUGAACAUGGCCUUCUGAAUUUUGCUAAGCAUGUUGAUGGUUCCUUGACUUCACCAGAAGAUUGGAAUGCUUUUGAAUCCAAUGAUCUAUUAGGCCAAUCAACCACUGAUGAUUACCAAUGGUGGGACUUCUGGUCCUGAAUGAAACAGAGCAACCAAAAUUUUGUGGAGGAAAUAUUUAUGCAUAUGAAUGCUUCAUGUUUGGUUCCACGUUGGCGACUUAGAUUCGAUAACUGGGUAGCAAUUAGUUAUAGCUUUCA